AUGAGCGAGGUGCUGCGACCGUGGCUGCUUAAGCAUUUUCAAAGGCUUGUAGAACAGGAUGGACCCAAUGACGCCUUCGAGGAGGUGAGGAAGAAGGUGCAGAUCACGAAAUUUCAUACCGAUGGAGCUCAGCCGGUGAAAAGUGGGGAACUCUGGGCUCAGGUGUCUGAUAAAGAACGCUGGGUUGACGUGUUGAUAUGCCCAAGUUCGGUGGAGAAGCACAAGACAACACACAACGGCGAGCGUAUCACACAAGUGCGCCAUGGAAACUUCUUUAUAACCAAAUGUCGCCCUAUUAUAUCCCAAAUACCCGUGUUCUACAACGGAACUUGGUCACUCUCUUCACCGAACCUCUGCUUGGAGGCGGAAGUGGACUUCAUUGGCGGGAGAGGAUGCUCGAGUGUACACGGUGAUCCCGUUCAGAUCACGAGGGAUGCGAAUAUCAAGCUAUGGGAGAGUAAGCUGAGGGUACGAGGCUUUACUCCUGCGGCCAAGGCCAAUAAUGCAAGUGGAGCGCCUGCGGUCGACUCUCCUGUUCCUCCAUCUGCUGAUGGAACGACAUCCGAACGACAAACAACUUCCCCGAGAAGCUCGACUGCUGUCGCCGAAAUCGGUCCGUGGCAGGCUCACCUGCUGCGGUGGUGGGGUGCUGCUACAGAGCCCAAAUGGCCCUCGGAUCGUAUGUCUCGUGACCAAGGGCAAGCUUUGGGCAAGAUUGACAGCCGACCUCGCAAUGUCAGUGCGAUGUUGGCAGAAGAUGCUAACGGUCCAACCAAAGCAAGAGAUCCCGCACCUGUAGAUGACGUGCAUGAGACACAGGAUCCUAUUCCUUGGAGUCCUUCCCCACCGCGCGACCGUAAUUCACACCACCAGAACGAAUCUGCAAAGGCCCAUACACAGGAACCGGACGAACAGAACCACGAGAGCGCUGAUCAGCCCUCCCAGGCUCAUGACGGGGUAGGAGAGGAGGAGGAGGACGAGGAGGAGGAGGAAGAAGAAGAGGAAAAGGAGGAGGAGGAGAAUGAGGGGGAGGAAGACAUCGAUGAUUCUGACGAUGAAGAUUCCGACCAAGGUCUCGCUUGGGAAAAGGACCAAGACGACGAUGGAGCCCCAUCUGGCGCACAGACGCCUGCAUCACUGGAUUCAGUAGAAGGCGUUCUUGGUACCCAGCGCUCUGAUGACGAUGACAGCUCCGCAGAGCCGCGGACGCCCUUCCUACCAAGUUCCUCCGUUCCUGCUACACCGCUUUAUAUCGCUGCUGAGUUAUCUCCAUCUACAAUCCGAUCAUCAGGUGAUACGGAGUCAUGUGCGCCUGCACCGAUGCAGAAAUCGAGCCCCGCCUCUGCCAGCAGCAUUCGUGGCCGCGCAUCCUCGUCCCAACCGGAACAGAAUACGAAGCAGUCUACUAUUGUGCGAGCAGGAACACUUCCGCCGCGGUACUCUCAAGUUGUAUCUGGUCAACAUGAUCCAGAAAGCUGGACCCAACCUGCGUUCAUGCGGCAUGCCAAAUCCGUGUCUAUAGAGACCACCCACUCAAUGCGGUCGCCGUCUGACAGGUCACGAUCUGGACCGUCCAGUGCCGCGCGUCGCGUGGACACUGCGGAUGUACACUUCCGUGACGAACACGAUCGCCAGGGGUUUCUCUCCGCUGGGUUGGGCACGCAGCAAGACUGGGAGCGAGAACAGCGAGCACUGCAAGGAGAAGAGCAGGAAGUCGUCUUGGAACAUGCCCCUAAAGCGAUCUUGCGCUCGGAGUUCCGGUCUGACCCCAACGCGAGGCAAGGGUUACAGGAUAAGAUUAAGGAGGCGUCGGAGGUGCUGAGAAAUGGAAAGCGGCGUGCGGGGGAGGAACAUCACGAAGCGGUUACCACCAAGAGACAGCGGACAUCGGACAAUGCUCCAUCGACUUCGGAAGCGAGUACUCGCCCGAUCCACCGAUCACACGCCUCUGCGCCUAUCAAUGCCUCCACGAGUCGUUCGACAACUCAGAAAACCGCGGGUACUCCCACGAUAUUACCUGCGCGUGACGUGUUUAAUGCCCCAACGGUGACAGGGGAUCAGAUACCACUGGUCCGAGCAGCGCUGACCUCCCUUCCUCCGAGAGGCAAAGCCAAGCGCACGUCGCCUUUCGAUUCCGACUCUGAUUCUCACAGCAACGGCGAGACAGCCCGAAAACGCUCGAAAAGAGAAGCUGAACGAGCCGAAGCACGAUUUCGCUUUGCGAAGGCGGGACAGGGCAGCAGGCACGUCUCACAUUUGCACGGAAAAGUUUCUCAGGCGGAGAUUGCCCAUGAGGUCUCUGCUGGCCUUGGUCGCACGAUUACGGAUGUCCAACGGGAGGAAGAAGAGGAGUUGCCGAGUCUGCCUGCGCGAUCAUCAACAGAGAGGCCUGCGGCUAACCGUUCAAGGAAUGCUGCUGCCUCUCCACCGUCGAACCCACCCCCGCGCCCAAUUUCAACGCCUCCAGGACCUUCGAGACGAACCCAAUUGGGUGUGAAGCUCUCGCCGGUUCAGGUCGAGCAUGUGCAUUUACUAGGGAAAUUGCCGAGACCAAAAACAGCGUUGGAAUCCACAGAAACGGCCAGGGUCAUUCAAGAAGCUGUGGUGCUGCCGUCUAUACCCGUGGCUGUCGUGGAGCCGACCGAUGUGCCUCCUGGGGAGUUGAUGGACACCGAGAUGACAACCAUCGUUGACGGCGACCCCAUACCACCUCACGAGCCGGAACCUGUACCACUGGCCCCCACCGUACCAGAGACUUCCAACAACGUUAUUAACUUCAUCCCAACAACUGUACCUUUGUUGGGAGGCUUCAAACCGAGAUUCACCUUGGAUCUCCAAGAUACCGCUUUAUGCCUCACUGUGAAGGAUAUCGGGCUAAUACUGCGAGAGAUUGAUGAAUUUCGGGCGCAUGGCUACUGA